UCUAAGAAACAAAAAAUUUAACAUGCUUGAGUUUCUUAUUUAGGCCACACAUUAUGCAAGUUCUGAAAACUCUCUUGGCUAUUUACUCAAAAUUUUCUGUCAUAAGAAAGUCAAGAGCUUGUAUACCUUUUCUAACAGAAUUCACUUAUUCAAACCAUUAUUAUAAAGUUAAGCAAAUUAUCCAAAUUCAAGAGGUACGUCAGAAGUUAAAAAUAACUAAUUAGCGAUGACAUUUGAUUGGCUAUAGAGGGGAACAUUUCAACCCAAGUCACGACAAAUCAAGGCGAUGGUUUUUUCCUGCCCUCUAAUUUGAUCAGUUAAUUAAAAUAUAUAAAGUGCUAUACAAUUGGACACAAUUUCACGCAAGUCUUUCUUUGCGUUAAUGAUUAUUAAAACUGAGACAACUUUCCACAUUUUUUAAAUAGAUAAAGAAAGAAAGGUUAGAAAACUAAUCCAAAAAGCAGAAAAAGCAAAAACCCUAGUCCGAAAAUAAUACAAUUAGGGUUGAAGUUGAAUUAUAUUGAAAUAAAUAGAAGGCCGAGAAGACUUUUUUUAUAAACUUUAUUAUUACAUUUUCAGUUAUAAUAAUCAUCAAUAACACCUUCCUUUUCUCGUCUUUAUAAACCAUCCCUUCUAAGCAUUAGAUCAUUUCAUCAUCAUCAAACAUAAUAACACUUCGAAAAAGAAGAGCAACAAGAACAAGAAAAGACAAAAAGAUUCGUAAGAAAAUGGGAAGAGCUCCAUGCUGCGACAAGGCAAACGUGAAAAAAGGGCCAUGGUCGCCUGAAGAAGAUGUGAAGCUCAAGGACUACAUCGACAAAUAUGGCACUGGUGGCAACUGGAUCGCACUGCCUCAGAAAGUUGGGUUGAAGAGAUGUGGUAAGAGUUGCAGACUGAGAUGGCUUAAUUACUUAAGACCAAACAUCAAACAUGGUGGCUUUUCAGAGGAAGAAGAUAGUAUCAUCUUGAGUCUUUACAUCAGCAUUGGAAGCCGGUGGUCUAUAAUUGCAGCUCAGCUUCCUGGAAGGACAGACAAUGAUAUAAAAAAUUACUGGAACACAAAACUGAAGAAGAAGCUGCUCGGAAGACAGAAACAAAUGAAUCGUCAAGACUCGAUUGCUGAUUCGAAUGAAAACAAUAUCAGCAGCAACAACAACAAGAGUCCUCAAAAUCUUAGUAAUUCGGCACUAGAGAGGCUUCAACUUCACAUGCAGCUUCAGAAUCUACAAAGCCCUUUCUCUAGUUUCUAUAACAACCCUAUGUUGUGGCCCAAGCUUCAUCCACUACUGCAGAGCACUCCUGAUCAAAACUCUAAACUUGGAUCCCAAGAAAGCUUCCACCCUCUAGGAGUUAACGUUGUUCAUCAGAACAAUAAUAUCAAGCUAGCUGAGAUCAACGAUGGAGUCUCUCCUCUCUAUUCAGAGAACGUAGAGCAAUCCCUAAACCCUACUCACGGAUUUCAACCUAAUUUCGGUUUUUCGCAGGAUCUUCAGUUAGAUAAUCAUAACAUGGACCUUAUGAACAGAGGUGGUUCUAAAGAAUUGUUUCAAGUGGGCAACGAGUUUGAGCUAACGAACGGUUCGAGUUGGUGGUCGGAGGAAGUCGAGUUAGAGAGGAAAACAAUAUCGUCGAGUUCUUGGGGAUCAGCUUCUGUUCUUGAUCAGACGACUGACGGAGUGGUUAUGCUUCAAGAUUAUGGUCAGAUGAGCUACCAUAGUGUGUAAUAAUUUAUAUCAUGCAUAUAUACAUUUAUGUAUAAUUAUAGGAAUGGAUUAUUGAUGAUUAUGUAUUAUUACGAUCAUAAGCUUAUAGCAUGUGUCGAGGGUGAAAGUUUUUUUUUUUCAUAAUAUGUUUUUAUAUGUAACGAGUUGUGGAUAAUAAUGAAUUCUACUUUCUUUUC